AGAAGAAAUCAGCAGUUAGUUGAUGAUGAGCGCAGUCAGAGCUGCUCAAGGCCUGUGUUCAGUGUAGUCCUGGUGGCUUUCUGAAGGUUAAUCAAACACAGCUUCACAGAAACACUGACUGAUGAGAAGAAACAGGUUUGAAACUGUGUAAAAUGCAUAAUAAAAGUUCAUGAACAAAAGUUAAUGUGAACAGCAUACAAAACAAGCAAAUCAUAAGUAACAGAAGUGAGUAUACACUUAAAAGACACCUUUUAAAAACUCAACAUGAACAGAGAGAUCAUGAAGGAUUCAAGGGAAUCUACUGGAUGAAAACACCAACAUCAGUUUUCAAUUUAAUAUUCUAUAACUAUUUACGAGUCUAACCAAACAUUGAGAAGGCUGUAGGAAGAGAACUGCAUGUGGUUUUGCCAAUCAUGUUAUAAGGAGGAAUUAAAACCAAAGUAGAGAGCACGUUGUCCCUGUGGUUUUAGAAAUAUGUUAGAGAAGACAACCUGAUUAUCUGCUCACUUCUGACUGAGAUGGAACAGCUGAAUUAAGAAACUGGGAGGUUUUUAAAACACCUGAAAGAAUAUGAUAUAUAUAUAAUAGAAUAUGAUAUUUAAAGAACGGGGAAGUGGGAACAGAAUCACGGCACUUGUAAUCUGGAAUGUCCCUCCUGUAGAGGCAGUGGGAAUAGAAUUAGGGUACUUAAGGGAAAAUUAUAGGAAUGGGGUUGAUUCUGAGGAACUGUGAAGACUGCAAAGGUUGAAUGCCAUCCAGUCUGUGAAGGGAUUUAAAAAUAUACAACAGGCACAGUGGGGCAGAGGGUUCUUCACCAUGGCAGUGAUCAGCCAGAUCCCAUUGUGAAACUGGGCUGCUCCAUCAUUCAAUUUGAAUGAUCAUUUGUGUAUCAAUAGUAAGGCACCAGCCACCUAGCCCGGGGGUCGGCAACCCGCGGCUCCGGAGCCACAUGCGGCUCUUUUACCUCUGUGCUGUGGCUCCCUGUUGCUUUGGGAAAUAAUUGGUCUUUUGCAGCAUCCGCGCCCAUGGGGGCCAGGUUGAGGGAGGCUUAAAAGCAAGGCUGUUUAGUUCGAAUAAAGUUAUUCGACUGCAGUUUACUGACUGUGUGAGCACACCGCUACAACGUGUUUUUAUCGCUAUUAAUAUACGUCACCACUGCCAAUACCUGACACCCGUCAGUGCGCGAUUUCUUUAAUUUUUCGAUCCAAGGUAGGCCAACUAUGGAGAAUUCUAAAAAAAGAAAAGUGACUGAAGAAAACAGUACGUUUAAUGAUACGUGGACAGAUUCAUUUGCUUUCACUGUUGAUGAGACUGGUUUACCGGUAUGCUUAAUAUGCAAUGAGAAACUAGCAAACAACAAAAAGUCAAAUGUUGCAAAGCAUUUCUAGAAUAAACAUGCAGCCUUUGCUCAAAAAUAUCCGGAUGGAGAUGAGAGAAAAAAAGCCGUUUCGGAACUGAUGCGGAAGGUUGAUCUGAGCAAAAAUCAUUUCAAGCAAUGGAUGAAGUCCGGAAAACCAACGACAUACGCUAGUUAUAUUGCCGCUCAGGAAAUAGUCAGGCACGGGAAGCAGUUUACAGAUGGUGAAUAUAUAAAAGAAUCUUUCAUUAAGAUUUCAGAACAUCUAUUCACGGACUUUAAAAACAAGAGUGAAAUUGUGCAGAAAAUCAGGGAUAUGCCCCUCUCUGCAAAGACUGUCAAAGACAGAACCAUAAAAAUGGCAGAAGACAUCACAAGACAGCAAAUUAAAGACAUCAAUUCAGCUGUGGCCUACUCGAUUGCCUGUGACGAGUCUAAAGACAAAGGUGAUAUUGAACAAAUAGCGUUGUUCUGCCGGUAUGUAAACUCUGCCAGGCCACAGGAAGAACUGAUUGAGUUGAUACCUCUAAAAGACCAAACACGGGGGGAGGACAUCUGUGAGGCUGUCUUGAAUUGUUUAAGAGCCAAAGGAAUAAAGAUUACCCACCUGGUGUCAGUAGCUACUGAUGGGGCACCGAAUAUGACAGGAACGCACAAGGGAAUUGUGGCUUUACUGCAGAAGUCGCUGGACAGAAAGCUGCUGAUUUUUCACUGCAUCUUGCACCAAGAGGCACUGUGCGCUCAAACAUUUCCUCCGGAAUGCACAGAAGUAAUGGAUGUUGUCAUUCAGAUUGUCAAUAAAAUAAUGGCAAAAAGUUUAAAUCACCGUCAAUUCCGUUUGUUACUGGACGAGCUGGAAAGCGCAUAUUCUGAUCUCCUGCUGCACAACAAAGUCCAGUGGCUGUCCAGAGGGGAGGUGCUGAAAUGCUUUGUCUGGAAGAAGUGAAAACUUUCCUGGGCAGCAAAGGGCUGGAAAAGCUACACUUCAUGGUAGACAUGACAGCGCACCUGAACACGCUGAACAAAGCUCUUCAGGGGAAAGGACGUACAGCCCUACACAUGUUGGAGGAGUUUUGGCAUUCGAGCGCAAGUUGACAGUGCUUGCCAGAGAUUGACAGAAAGGCACUUUGUCUCACUUCCCCAAUUUGAGAGAGUUCAAACAAGGUCACGACAUGAUAAGUUCGGAGUAUUUACAUUCUGCAAUCAUCGCAAUGCAAACAUCGUUUGGGAAACGCUUCUGUGAGUUCAGAGAGGAAAAAAACACAUUAUCCUUCCUGGUCACUCCCCCAAGCAUUGAUUCAUCUCUACUGAAUACGACUGCAUUGGCAGGUGUGAGUAAACCUGAUCUUGAGAUGGAACUGGCCGAAAUAGCCGACAAAGACAUAUGGGUGUCCAAGUUUAGACGCUUGACAGCAGACCUUGAAGAUGUUGCCCGUCAGAAGGCCGUUCUUGCUCAGAAUCACAAAUGGAGUGAUAUUGAAAACCUCCCUAAACCGGACAAACUUGUGUUCGAAACAUGGAAUGCUAUCCCCGACAUUUAUGUAAACAUUAAAAAGUAUGCGCUUGGAGUCCUGUCGAUCUUUGGAUCCACAUAUGUAUGUGAGCAGGUGUUCUCCAACAUGAACUUUAUUAAAAACAAACAUCGUGCACGCCUCACAGAUGACAGCUUGCGAUCCUGUGUAAAGAUGAAGGUGACGUCAUACAGCCCUGGUGUGCAGAUGCUGUGCGCUGAGGUCCAGGAGCAGAAAUCCCAUUAACCAAGUUGACAGCUGGCUGACGUUAUUUUUGGUUUGCUGCUGGCGGAAAAUAUAAGUUCAGCGUUUUUCAUAAAUACAAGAAGAACUCAAAUAGACAUUGAGUAUUUUACUUAAAAGUAACCUUCAACCCAACGUCUUUUUUUCGGAGUUCAAAAUGUUUUUGUUGCAUGCAGAAAUGUAAUUUCGUUUUCUCUGCAGGAGUUCAUCAAUUUCAUAAAUGCAACACAUUAUAGUUUGUUUAUACAUAGCAUAAAGGCAAAAAAACGUUGUAUGCAGUGUUAUUUCAUUUUAAAUGUCAAACGUGUUUUGCGGCUCCCAGUGUUUUCUUUUCUGUGGGAAACGGGUCCAAGUGGCUCUUUCAGUGGUAAAGGUUGCCGACCCCUGACCUAGCCCUUCAACUGAACAAUGCAGAAGGCUUGAAGGGCUAAGUGGCUGGUGCCUUACUACUAAUACACAUCGAUCUGCAAAUACAAGAAACUUCUCUUACUAGCUUGUGUUACCAGAACUAAGAGUAAUAAAGAGCAAAGACAUUCUUUAAUAGAAACGAAGCUGAGAGUUGAAUUAACAGAUCUG